CUCAUUGAAUUAAGUGAGACUUACUUCUGAGUCAACGUGGCUAGGAUCUUCUUGUUGGAAGCGUCAUUGUAAUGCAGAUAUAUGUGUGUCAACAUUCUUUACAAAGAAUGUUCUUUGUAAUGUUCUUUACAUAUUCAUUUCAGGUCUUAGUGUUUUCUUGCUGAGAAGUCCCUUCUAGGUGUAGAGUCCUUAGCUUAUGUUCUCUAAAGGGAGGCCCAAAUCCAGCUCUUUCUGAAGUCAGUAGGAGCUGCGGAUGUUCUGAUCCUUUAAAAAAAGUUCUUUUCACUGAACUGCCUACAUGUAAAUCUUAGCCUGCUUCUAGAAGCCUGUCUUAAAGGUGGUUGUGCAGAAAUUUUUUUUGUUUCCUUUGUUGUCACUCAGCUAAUUUUGUGACUAUCUGAGAUUACUUCCAUUGUACCAUGAAUGUUGUAUGUAAAAUCAGCCUUGUUUUACCAGUUAGCAGAUCAAUGUCUUCAUAUGUGUGGUAGAAUUUCCUCUGGAAUGUCUUGCAGAAUCCUUUCAUCCCGUUCCUAGAUAGGUUUAGUCAGAAAUAAGUUCCACUAAUUCCAGUGGGAUUUGUUUGCAGAUGGACUAAGAACAGAUCUCUCUGACUCAAGACGAAAUGAAUGCAUCGUUGCUACUGCUACGGUUUCCUUAUUACUGUUUCCAUAGGACUCUUAGGAAAACUUCUUUGAAUAGUUUCUGCCUGCUCUCCAACCCUGGAUCUGCUUUUCCAUAUGGGUACCAGGUUAAUUCAGUACAACUACGUUGUUCAAGAAGGAUGGUGUCUUCAAAGGGCUUGAGGAUGGGCCCGUAUUGUCCUGCAACAUUAAAACAGCAGACCCAGGCACUCUCUGAUAAGGAGCAAAGGCUUCUAGACAAAUUGUACAGUGGACUUAUCCAAGGACACAGAGCUUGCUUGGCAGAAGCCAUUACACUCAUAGAAUCCACACACAGCAGAAAAAAAGAGCUUGCUCAGGUGCUCCUUCAGAAGGUACUAUCCUACCACAGAGAACAAGAACAGUUAAAUAAAGGAAAACCACUUGCCUUUAGAAUGGGAUUGUCUGGCCCCCCUGGUGCUGGAAAAUCAACAUUUAUUGAAUGCUUUGGGAAAAUGCUCACAGAAAGAGGACACAAAGUGUCUGUCUUGGCAGUGGACCCUUCUUCUAGUACUAGUGGUGGUUCACUCCUGGGUGAUAAAACACGAAUGACUGAGUUGUCAAGAGAUAUGAAUGCUUACAUCAGGCCAUCUCCAACUAGAGGAACGCUAGGUGGUGUGACUCGGACCACAAAUGAAGCCAUUCUACUGUGUGAAGGAGGAGGGUAUGACAUCGUUCUUGUAGAAACAGUAGGUGUGGGGCAGUCAGAAUUUGCUGUUGCUGAUAUGGUUGAUAUGUUUGUAUUGCUGCUGCCACCAGCAGGAGGCGAUGAGUUGCAGGGUAUCAAGCGAGGUAUAAUUGAGAUGGCUGACCUUGUGGCUGUGACGAAAGCUGACGGAGAUUUAGUUGUGCCGGCACGGAGAAUUCAAGCAGAAUACGUCAGUGCUAUGAAAUUACUUCGUAAACGCUCAAAGGUUUGGAGACCAAAGGUAAUUCGGAUCUCUGCCAAAACUGGGGAAGGCAUCUCUGACCUGUGGGAUAAGGUGACAGAAUUCCGAGACCUCAUGUUUACAAGUGGUGAGUUGAUCACCAAACGACAGAGACAGCAAAAAGUGUGGAUGUGGAAUGUAAUCCAAGAAAGUAUGCUGGACCAUUUCCGGAGUCAUUUGGCAGUGAGAGAUCAGAUUCCGCUUCUGGAAAAAAAGGUUGUAAGUGGGAUACUAUCUCCAGGGCUGGCUGCAGACCUAUUGCUCAAAGCUUUUAAAGAGACGUCUUAACAUUCACCUGCAUCUGUGACAGCAUUUAUAUCAAAUCUAUGAACAUUAAAAACAAAUUUUGAAAGCA